GUACGGGUGUCUGAGUGAUUAGCUAUGUGUAUGUCUGUGUGAGUAUAGCUGUGUUUAUACGUUUGUAAGUGUCUAUGUGGGUGUGUUUAGGUGUUUGUGUCUUUGUGUGUCCGUGUUUUGUGUUUGUGUGUGUCCCUGACAGUACACAAGGCAGAAAAGGUCCCGAGGGGAGAUGAGAUCCCAGUGGAAAGCCUCUCCUGGAGUCCUGGCUGAGUCUCUGUCCUUGCCAUGGGUCAUAGAACAGACCAUUGUCACUGAUGAGGUCACAGAAUGCCAAGCUCCUAGUGACCCCCGGGCAGCCAGCGGCCGCUCGGGCCAGGCCAGUGGAGGGCUUCAGCACAGCCCGAGCCAACUCUCACCAAACAGCUGGAGCACCGAGGCCCCUGGGCGCUGGUGUCGAAACAUGAAACGCCACUUCACAGACUACAGGGGAGAACAGUCAGCGACGGAUGGGACCACCCUCAGCUUGACCAGCCCAGGGUCCACGGAGGAGAGCACGGAAGUGUGCUGGCCAGGGACCGUAAAGAGGGAGGAGGCAUCUCCGAGGCCCAGGUCACCCUGUCUCCAUGAGGAGGACAUCUGCUUCGUCUCCAGGGCACGGAGGAUGCUGAGCUGGAGCAGCUCCCCGUCGUCUCAGUCCUCCUCCGAGUACCAGUCCUACUCGCAGUACCAGUCCUGCUGUUCCUGCGCGUACCAGGAGGACGCUGCCCAGCAGAGUGUGUGUGCCUUCUACACCCACGUGCAGACCGUGCAGGGCGUGGCUGUGGCCUGGGAGACCGACACCGGCUUCGAGCCGGUCAGCAGGAAGCCCCGCAUCCACGAAGCCGAGUUCACCAAGAGGCAGAGAAGGAAAGGCUCCUCCUUUGAGAUGGCUUCCAACACCGACCUGCACUGGGACCUGGAAGCCAGCAAGAAUGGCUGCUGCCCGGAGCCGGAGGAGGCAGAGCUGCUGGUGCCCCUGGAGUGCUGCGUGCAGGAGCUGCGGGACACUCCCGACUGGCUGGUCACCACCAACUACGGGCUGCGCUGUGUGGCCUGCUGCCGGGUGUUCCCCACGCUGGAGGCGCUGCUGCAGCACGCCCAGUACGGCAUCCAAGAGGGUUUCAGCUGCCAGAUCUUUUUUGAGGAGAUGCUGGAGAGAAGGCGGGCCCGGGACCAAGCGCAGGAGCAACAGCUGGAGGAGGAGGAACAGAGCCCUUCGGACAGCAGUGAAUAUCCGAGGUACCACGUCGAGGUCGAGUCCCUUCCGUCGCAGCAGCAGAAGCAGUGAGCUGCAGGUGAUGAGCCCAGCUCUGCCCUCACUUCUGUCAUCUCCGUUGCUCCUUCCCCAGCCAGCAGGACCAAAGCCACCAGGGCAGGGAGUGAGGACGAGGGCCGGGGGAAGGAAGCAGAGGAACGUAGA